UAAGAUCAGAACACUUGGCGAAUGCUUGGGCAACAUUUCCCGAAACACUUUUUGGUUCACGACAGCGAAUGCUUAGAGGUGUCUUUUCGGUAAUCUCUGUGGUUCGUUUACAAAUGCAUGGCGGUGUUCUUUCUACAACUUUUGCAGUAAACAUGUAAAUGCAUAGAGAAGUUUAUGCUCACCAUUUUUAGUAUUCAGCAUGAUUUGUUGCAAACGUUUGGUGGUAUUUUUCAUGGAUCCGUUUUUGCAGGCUGCAGUCGUGCGCAUACGCCAUGGCACUCACGUCGUCUGGCAGCGCACCACCCAUGGCGCCAGCAUGCCCCCCUUCACUGCUCCUCGGGCCUGCUGCUGCUGCGCCCAACCUGCAGCGCACACACGAUGGACGGAUGGAUGGGGCAUGCGCGUACUCCGCCAGGCGCCCCGCCUCCCGAAGAUACCGCUUCUGCGUGCCGCCUCCUCCCCCUCGCCCCUCCUUACUCUCCUGCCCCCCCAAUGGCGCAUUAGCUCAUGAACAUGCAGAUAAGAAUGACAUGGGUGAACAAGACUAGUCACCUACGAGCUGCUUGAAAUGAUAGACCAUCGUGAAACGAGAUCCUCAGCAUAGGGCACACUAAGAACGACCAUGGUAAUCGAAGCCUGUGGGAGAGGAAGGAGCUGCUCACUAGGGGGCGCGAAGGCGAGAAUGGGAGCUGAAACUGAUGCAGAUAGAACUGCCGAGGGCUAUUAUUAUUUUGAUUGGUUGGACGAGGUGCAGGGGCUGAGUUGGAUGAAUAAAUUUUGUUGGGUUCGGUUGCAGGUUUGGUAGGGGGCAAAGGGUGUGUGAUUGGUCAGCACGUCAUUUUUCGUUUUUGCUGUCGAGGGAGCAGGCUGUGGGUUGGGUUUGCGAUUGUUGUUGUUUGGCUUCGACCAAUCGCAUGGCCCCUUUUGAUGUCCGAGGGGGUUGUUCAAUUUCCUCACGGUGCAUAGGGUGUAACAUUCACAAAACAACUCAUUCGCAUAACAUCCCAUCCGCAGAAGACUCGCGAAUCAUUUACGCGCAAAGAAACGAGAAAAAAACAUUUGGCGAACACUUGGCGGACGAUUUCCGACUUUAUGCUC